CUCCGCUUGCUGUUGGCUCACAGAGAUGCCAGUUGAGGACGCAGGUUUCAUCGUCCUCCGGCAUGGGGCUUUCCCAUUGGCUCAGGGGCCGGCAGCUUGUAAAUGGUGCUGGGAAAGGGGGAGGGGAGGAGGGUGUGAGAGCAGGAGCUAGCGCGGCCCGGGCGGGAGCGAGAGGCUGGUUGGUUUCGCAAUCGUUUCUCGCUGUUCGCCGGUUCCAAAUCCUCGAAGUCAGGCGUUGGGGUCGCGCCUUAGCGGGGGCCUCGCUGGGUCCGCCUCGGGUGGAGGCCCCCUAGGGGACCUCAAGCCCAAGACUGCUCUCUUUGUCUCCUUUUCCUUGUUUUCCCAGUUCACCUUCACUAUCUUUUUGUGCUGUUCCUUCUCCAUCAGAGUGGACCCCAGCCCCACCUUCCUCUUCUCUCCAAGCUCUAGUAGUGAACUUGAUGCCCUUCCCUUGCUCUUGCCCACAAGCCUGGAACCCAACAUGAGAAACCUAGAAUCAUAAAUUGUCAGAACUGGAAGAGUUCUUUAAGAGCACCAUCUAGACCAAUAUCAUUCAGCUAAUGGGAAAACUGAUUCAUAUACUGGAUAUAGAAAGUAUUGUGGAUGAUCAUGUAACAUUCUGAGAAUCAUCUGGAAAAAGAGGUAGGUACGAAAAUUUGUCACAGCUGCAAGAGAAUUUGAAGUGAACAUGAAGUUAAUGAAAAUGGUGCAUGUGAAGACUUCUUGGCAGUUUAGUGUGGAAAGUGUUGGUCACACUUGUGUCUUCUGCUCCCCUCCUCACCAUUUCUAACUCUGUGCCGUGGUGAAAGGAGAGUCUGUCCAAAUGAGCAAGACAUCCCAACAGAGCAGUGCUGCAGGAGCCAACGGGAUAAGUGUUAUUCACACACAGGCCCAUGCCAGUGGUUUGCAGCAGGUUCCUCAGGUGGUGCCAGUCAGUCCUGGGGGAGGAGGCAAAGCUGCACCUCCCAGCAAGCAAAGCAAAAAAAGUUCAUCUAUGGAUAGGAACAGUGAUGAGUAUCGACAGCGAAGGGAACGAAACAACAUGGCAGUGAAAAAAAGUCGGUUAAAAAGCAAGCAGAAAGCCCAGGAUACCCUGCAGAGAGUCAACCAGCUUAAAGAAGAAAAUGAACGCUUGGAAGCAAAAAUUAAACUGCUGACUAAGGAAUUAAGUGUACUUAAAGAUUUAUUUCUUGAGCACGCACACAAUCUGGCAGACAACGUACAGCCUAUGAGCACUGAAAGCACUACAACAAAUCCUGAUAACACAGGACAGUAGAGAUGUGGCUUCACAGUCUUGGGGAAUUGAACUUUAGAAGGUGUGACUUUCACCACACAUUAUUAUCAAAGCUGAUUUGUUCUAAUAUUUAAAGAUCCUUUUUUGGGAUAUUUUCUAGGUUAAGCACUGAAGAUUUGAUUAGCCUAAAAUGUUAACUUGUAUGUCUGUUUUGAAGUAAUAAGUUGCUUUUUAUCAAAUGUUGGAUAAUUUUUUCAAAGAUAUAAAAAUCUCAGAACUUGAUGUUAUUGCUAAGACUUGGAUUUCCCUAGAAAUACUCAUCGCUUUGGCGUGGAAAAAUAGGAGUAUAUCAGGGAAGGGGCAGAUUGAGCAGAAGUCUGUUGGUUUUAAUGAAUGAAGAGAAUUGGAUGAAAAAAAUUGGUUAAAUAUUCUUUUAAAAUCUGUACACUGUAAUAUAAAUUGGGUCUUUGGAAAUAGAUUCAUUUGUAAUAUCAGGGUUAUAAAUAUGUUGUUUUAACAUAAUUGGAAGUUUUUCCCUAGUUGGCAUAAAUUGCUCCUCAAUAAUAUGGUUCAGCAAUGACGGCUAAUGUGUUAUAAAUGAUUAUUAUAAAUAGAGAAUUUUAAAAAUUAUUAUGUAGCAAAUUGAAAUUGUCAUAACAAAAUUGUAAAAGGCUAAGGAAAUGAUUGGAUUAAUACUUACUCUCAUAAGCGUCUAUAUCAGUGAAAUUUGUUAGAAUUCUGCAGUCAGAUUUCUGGGAUUAUAGGAAUAUUUGGAAAAAAAGAAAACUCAGGAAGAUUUAGAACAACUCACAGAACAAUUGAAGUGUCUUUUAAGUGUUAGCUUCAAAGAAUUGUUAAAAUAGACAUUUUUGGCUCCAUAUGUGGAAAAGUACUUUACAUACAAUAUUAGCAGCCUGUUCAAUACUUGAUUCAAGAGGUAAUUUUACUGAGAAGGGAACUUUUCUUGGGUUACAAUUAUCAGCCUGGCAUAUUUCUCAUCUGGUCAUCACACUUAUAUUCUCCCAAAUCUUAUUGUACCAUUUGCUUCCAUUCAUUAACUUUUAAGUUUGUGUGUCCUAUAAACAUAUUUAGAAAGUGUAUGUUGGUGAGAAAGUUGUAAGAAUUUUGAUAAAAAUACAGAAUUAUUUUGUGAUUUAAAAUGUCAAAGGGACAGUUCCAUUUAAUAGUGGCAGUUUAAAAGUCUUAGCAUUUUUUUUUUUUUUUUUUUUUUUUUUGGCUCUGCUUUAUCUUACCUGUUUUACUUUGUGAGGUACAUGGAAAUGGCUUCCUCUUCAUUUAGUAGACUUUAUCCAUUCUGUUGUGGAAAGAUUUUCCAACAGGUAAAUCUGUUUGGUUUGUGUCUCUUGGAUCUUCUUGGCUGGGGCUAGUUUUUAGCUGAAGUGUGCUCCAUAUCGGUGUCAUUAAGACAGUUUAGGGAAAUAGCAGUAUCUUUUAUUUACUGAGUGGAAUACUUGCAGUGGAAACUAUGAAGGUUUUCAAUAACAAAUAAAAGUUUCUCCUUUCUUGGCAUCUAAGUCAUUUUGUUUGUCAGUAGAACUCUUUGGCUUAGAGGAGAGGAGAGACUGGAAACUUAUGGGAUGAAAUUGCUAAUUAGGGUUUGGUUUAUAUCGUCAAAUUGAACUGAUUUGAAUCUUCUAUUAGACUCAGUAGUUGGAGUUGUGAUAAGUGACAUUGGGCUUGCUUAUUGGAAUAGGAUGGGAGUUACCUAAAGCUUUUGUAGUUGUAGCUUUGUGAAGAUAAGAGCCAUGACUUGAGAAAUGAUUGGACCCUAAUUUUUUUUUUUUUUUUUUUUUUUUUUUGGCAAACGUUACUGACUACAUAUGAAGCAAGGAAAGAAUAUGGGGGGUUUUGUAAGGACCAGCUUAUUGUGUUGGCUUGAAAUGUUUAGCCACCUGUUAAAGCUAAUAAAGGUUUUGAUUAACUAGUUACCCCAUGUCUAUAGAAGCACAUUGAAGCUUGAACAUUCAAUAUUUUUAAAAUGAAAUUUUCAUAUCUAAGGACAUCAGGUCACUUACUGCCAAGAACAUAUAGUUUUUCUCCUCUGUGUCAUUUGCUGAUAAACACAGCCAUCAUAGAAAUAUAGAAUGCCAGUUUCUAGAAAUCUAGUCAAAUCCCCUUAUGAUAUAGAUGAGGAAAUUAAGAUAUAGAAAGGUUGUAACUUGCCCAGAAUCACGUGGCAAAUUAGUGAUUGAGCUAAGACUAGUAUCCAGGUCUCCUGACUUCCAGUCCCAUGUUGUUUUACUAUGAUAAUAACCUCAUCAGACUUGAUAUGUUUUACAGUGAUUCCAGGGGGAUUUGUAGGUUCUAUUGAGGGGGUUAGAUGGGUGUUAAAUAUUUUAAAAUGAGCUAAAAUGUAAUUUGAAACUAUUUCUUAAGUAGAUUCAAGCUUUUAUGCUUGAGCUUAAAUUACAGAGUUUUAGUUUUAAGAUAUAUUAAAGACAAUUUCAUAGUACACAGACGUAAAAGUACAUUUGUAAUACCUUAUAUGUUGGGUUGGAAUGAGGGCUUUGGUUUUAGUGGAAUAACAGAUAAGUACAUAAUUUCAAAGGAAAACCAAAUGUUGGGAAAUGACAAAGUUGAAAGCUUCUGAGAUUAUCAAAUUAACUGUGUAUUCUUAAUGCUGCCCUAAGCCACAGAAUUUGGUUUGUGGGUUAAGCCAUUUGUUUGGCCAAUGUACCGAGUUUCUACACAAACUGGUGGGCUGGUGGUCUUCAAUUUAUAUUUUACUUUUGAAAUCAUCAGUUUUUGAAAGCUUCAGAAUACAAGAUUUCACCAUCUAAAACCUUACUUUUGCUUAGACUCAGUCAACUUCAUUGGCUUAUUGUUACAAAAAGCGCUCCAGCACAGUAGAAGACAUGCUAACAAAGUGGAACCACGUUCUAGAAAAUCAGGGCUUAGAAAUUUGGAAAAUGACAUAAAUUGGAAGUGUGUGUUGUGUAAUUUAAAGCACUUCAGCUUUCUCUGUUGUCUUUAGCAGGACUAAAAUAUUUAACCUAAACCAGAUAGUGCUCAGAGUGCUCCAAACUGCCUUAGAAAGAGGGAAGCUAGUUUUUUAUGUUGAAUUGACAGAAGCUAGGGAGAAGAAAGACCACUUUAUGGCUGUUAGCUCUGCCUCUCAGGAAAAAAAAAAAAAGUAUCAACUUUUUCUUUCUAUUUCUGGCUUUUCUCAGUUUGUGAGAUUUCUAUUUUUUUAAUAAAAUUUAAUUUCUUCCAAUGAAUUUGAAAUAAAAAUCUUUGGAACAAUGGUACCAAUUUGCAUUUUUACUUUAAAAAUUGUAUACAUAAGGUUUUUUGAAUGAACAAAUUGGGUGGAUGUGAGUUGGGAGAUCUGUUAUUCAGAUUUUGAAAUCGUUUUUGCCUCUGAUGGGAUCUAGAUUUAGUUGGGGAAUAAUUUCAUGUAGUGUUUGUUGAAAAUAAAAUUUUAUUUUUGGUUAUUUAGAUGUUACCUCUUAAUUAAGAGUUAUGCUCUCCUUAGACUUGGGAAAGCAGUACAUUGGGUUUUGCUGAUUAGACAGAUAACCUUAUUUCUUAGUGAAGGAAAAAAAGAUUCAUAAGCUUGUUCUUAGCUAUCAUUUUUCAAGUUAUAAAUAUGAAAUUUUUCUAAAUGAUUUCGGAAUUGGCCUUGCAUUUUAAAGGCUAAUUUAGUUAAAAGGAUACUCAGAAGUAUCAGGUCAUUCUGACCCGCUGGCCAUGCCAUUUUUCGAGUGUAGAAAGUUUUUGUCCUCACCAGGACAUUCAGAACAUUUUAAAAAUAAUAGAUGUACAGCAUUUUGUUUAUUAGAAGUGAAUUGAGUUUAAUAUUUAGAGGAAAAUGAAUUUAAAUUUUUUUUUACUCAUUUUGAGCAUAAAACACCUUGAAAAUUAUUCCUACUUUUUUUUGCCUUUCAUAAAUGAAAGCAGUGAGCUGUGAUUUAAAGUGUGCUUUGUCCCUUUUGUUUUAUGAUUUGGUGCAGUAUUGAAUAAUUUUGAGUAUAGAGUGUUGGUA